AUGGGAUCGAUGAAUAGGAUUUGCUCUCUGAUGAUCUUCCUCGUCAUUAGCGCUGCAGUACUGUUGACUCUCAGUCCUGUGGCUGCACAAGUCGAUUUCAUGAGAUGUGCGACUGGAAUAAUUGACCAUGAUUGUGCACAUUUCUUACGCAGGAGGGUGGCUUAUAACACCGGGCUUCCACCGCCCGAUGACUGCUGCACCGCGCUUGUUGAGAUCGGGAAGCCCUGCCACGAUGCUUUCACACAGUUUAAGGUUAAGAAACACGACUACGUGGGGACCGAAGCUGAUUUGCUUCGGAGGAGCGAUGAAGUUUGGAAUGAGUGUGUUAAUGUUGUGGAAUUCGUCUUCCCUCCUGCUGAGGCUCCUAAUCAUUUCUACUGA